GCCUGCGUGGGGGCACGUAGACGAAGUCGAGAGACCGACCAGACACCGGAUCUGGGCCGUCCAGACCUCACGUCGCCAUCCAAGACGCCCGGCCCGAGCCCGAGCCCGACCCGGCUCAGCACCACCACUAUACUCCUCUCCCCUCGCUCCAUCCCCACCCAGCGAGACCUCUCCCCCAAGCAAACCCAAAUCGGCCGCCGUCCCCUCUCCUCCUCCGCCCACCCCCGCCGCCGGUGCCGCCUCCUCGCGAGAUCUCGACCAUGGAGGGCAGCAGCGGCCUCGACGCGGCGAUCGAGUCGCUCCUGAACACGGAGAAGCAGUGCCGCCUCGCCGGAGAUGUGGCCGGCACCCGGAAGGCCGCCGUCGACAUCGUCGAGCUCUGCUUCAAGGACGCCGCCUGGAAGACGCUCAAUGACCAGAUCGUCGUCCUCUCCAAGCGGAGGGGCCAGCUCAAGCAGGCUAUUACUGCUGUGGUUCAGAAAGCGAUGGAGUACAUUGACGUGACACCAGACGUGGAGACACGUAUUGAGCUUAUCAAAACAUUGAGCAGCGUCGCUGCUGGAAAAAUAUAUGUGGAGAUAGAGAGAGCUAGAUUGAUCAAAAGACUUGCAAAAAUCAAAGAGGAGCAGGGAAAGAUUGAUGAAGCUGCUGAAAUCAUGCAGGAAGUUGCUGUUGAAACAUUUGGCUCGAUGGCGAAGACAGAGAAACUUGCAUUCAUUCUGGAGCAGGUUCGGCUGUGCCUGGAUCGUCAAGAUUAUGUGCGCGCACAAAUUUUAUCCAGGAAGAUUAGCCCUAGGGUCUUUGAUGCUGAUACAUCAAAGGACAAAAGGAAACCAAAGGAAGGUGAUAAUAUGGUUCAGGAAGCCCCUGCAGAUGUACCUUCACUCUUAGAACUGAAGCGCAUCUACUAUGAACUGAUGAUUCGCUAUUACUCACAUAACAAUGAUUACCUGGAAAUCUGCCGUUGCUACAAGUCGAUCUAUGAAAUUCCAUCAAUAAAAGAGGAUCCAGCAAAGUGGACACCGAUUCUUAGGAAGAUCUGUUGGUUCUUGGUGCUGGCACCUCAUGAUCCAAUGCAGUCAAGCCUUCUCAAUGCUACACUAGAGGAUAAAAACCUUUCUGAGAUCCCAAAUUUCAGAUUACUACUGAAGCAAGUUGUUACCAUGGAGGUGAUCCAGUGGACAAAGUUGUGGGAAUUCUUCAAGGAUGAAUACGAGAACGAGAAGAAUCUCCUUGGAGGAGCUUUAGGCACAAAAGCUGCGGAGGAUUUGAAGCUGAGGAUCAUUGAACAUAAUAUCUUGGUUGUUUCAAAGUACUAUUCGAGGAUUACCCUGAAGAGGCUGGCGGAUCUUCUUUGCUUGAGCUUGCAGGAGGCAGAGAAGCAUAUCUCGGACAUGGUGAACUCAAAGGCCCUGAUUGCGAAGAUCGACAGACCGAUGGGGAUCGUGUCCUUCCGGACAGCCCAGGACAGCAACGGGGUGCUUAACUCGUGGGCGUCGAACCUGGAGAAGCUGCUGGACCUGGUGGAGAAGAGCUGCCACCAAAUACACAAGGAGACGAUGAUCCACAAGGCGGUGCUGAAAGCCUGAAGUGAACCAUUUUGAAUUGAAUGUGGCCUUGUUUAGGUUGUGUGCGUAGUAGACUUUCUCUAUGGAUCUGAAUUCACUUUCACUGUAUGGGUAAAACUAUUCUCUCUGCUCAGGUGGGCAUCGCCUGUUUGCUUUGGGAACUCGUGUGCGAACCGGUCUCGAAAUACUGUAACCACAGGGAAUGACGAAUGCUAUUUGCUGUAUUUUUCUGAACAUUAUUUGUAUUCUUUGGCAUCAA